CUCUACGGGGGGGGGAGUGGGCACGCACCCGAUUCUUUCUAACCCAAUUCCGGUCACGGGUUUUGGGUGAGGAGCUCAGCUGUAUCCUCCCAGUGUGUGUGACAGCCCAGAGCAGCGGGCGGAGUCUCCCCGUAACAGAGCCUCGCAGUCACCGUCACCCUCCUGUGCCACCGCCAACAUGGACUUCAACGUGAAGAAGCUGGCGGCGGAUGCCGGCACCUUCCUGAGCCGCGCAGUGCAGUUCACAGAAGAGAAGUUUGGUCAAGCAGAGAAGACGGAGCUGGAUGCUCACCUUGAGAACCUUCUCGCCAAAGCUGAAAGCACCAAACUCUGGACUGAGAAAAUUAUGAAGCAGACAGAAGUGCUAUUACAGCCAAAUCCAAAUGCCAGGAUAGAGGAGCUUGUGUACGAGAAGCUGGACCGCAAAGCUCCAAGCCGGCUAAAUAAUCAGGAGCAGCUGGCACAGUACAUGAUUGAUGCUGGGAAUGAGUUUGGUCCAGGAGCAGCAUACGGAAAUGCACUUAUUAAAUGUGGGGAAACCCAGAGGCGAAUAGGAGGAGCUCACCGGGAGCUUAUACAGACCGGAGCGAUUAACUUUCUCACUCCCUUGAGGAAUUUUAUAGAAGGAGAUUAUAAAACAAUAUCUAAAGAACGGAAACUGUUGCAAAAUAAAAGGCUGGAUUUGGAUGCCGCAAAGACCCGACUGAAAAAAGCCAGAGUUGCAGAAGCCAGAGCUUCGCAGUUAAAUGCGCCUGAGCCUGAACGGGAUGCCAGCUUUAUGGUAAAUGUGUCUUACAUGCUCAGCGUGUUGCAUGUAAAGUGGCUAAAGAUGUGGACUGAGGAAGUAACAAGGGCUGAACAGGAACUCAGAAUUACACAAAGUGAAUUUGACCGACAGGCUGAGAUUACUAGAUUACUUCUAGAAGGCAUAAGCAGUACACACGCACAUCAUCUCCGCUGUCUGAAUGACUUUGUAGAAGCCCAGAUGACCUAUUUCGCACAGUGUUAUCAAUAUAUGCUGGACCUUCAGAAACAACUUGGCAGCUUUCCAUCGACUUUUGCAUCCAACAAUAAUCAGUCGUCCUUAACACCUAUGCAAAAUGCUCCUCUCCCGUCAAUCUCUGCCUCGGCUUCAUUACCUACUUCAAGCAACUCUGUUACAUCAGGCUUUAAUGAGCUGAAGGCAGCAAGUGGCAACAGAAAGGCCAGAGUCCUGUACGAUUAUGAUGCCGCAAACAGCAGUGAGCUAUCGCUUCUUGCAGACGAGGUCAUAACAGUGUACAGCAUGCCUGGAAUGGAUUCUGAUUGGCUGAUGGGAGAAAGGGGCAACCAGAAAGGCAAAGUUCCAAUUACCUACCUAGAGCUACUUAAUUGACUUUAUUUUGUUUCUUUUCCUCCUAAAGUGCCGAAUUACAGCAAACAAAAAAAUAUUUAUAUGCAAAUAACUUGAUAUACAGUAGAUGUGAGGUCUUCCAUGUAUAAUUGUCUUAAGUGAAUUUCAGCCAUAUAAAACUGCCCUGACUGUACUGCCAACUCUCUUGCAUGAAAGAAAAACACUCCUUGAUCACAUAUCACUGACGGUGAACUGUUUGCAGAGAUCUCGAUUGAUUUUUGUCAAUUUCUGCCAUGAAUUGGAAGUGACACCACUUUGUACUCUGUUGUUGGUGUUUUGUUUUUUAGUAUUCCUCCCCAUCUGUAAAAUAAAUGUGGUUUUUGUGCCAUACAGUUUACCAUUUAACAUUUAUUUUUACAUAUGUAAUUUUGUUAAUAAUGUGACAUUCUCUUGCUAGCAUUCAGUACCUUGAGUGUUCUGUUAAACAAAUUUCCCUAUUAACGGUGAAACGGUGGCUUAUCCGUAUCCUUGGUACUAAUAUGGACAUUGUUGGGGUUUUUUUUGCCUUGGACCACGUGCCAAUGACAUUAACUAGUUCCAGCUGCCAUAGCCACACACCGUAAUCCCUAAUUCCCUUAUUUUAAAAAGAUUGCAGCCUUUAAUUAGUCAACUAUUUCACUCAUUUGGACCCGCUAAUGAAAAGUGGUCACGACUGUAAGGUUGUGAUUAACUGUACUAUCAAAUGCAGCCUUUUAUGUUACAGCAGCUCUAGACCAUGGAUGACUGCAGGCACUGAUUCCUGUGGAAUUAGGGAAGGUUCUAAUGUGUAUGAGCAAAGGGGAACUGUUACCCUCCACCUCAAAAUGGAAAUUCCCCUUAUUCAUACACAUGGGCCCUAGUCCUGAUUCCUGGGUUUUGGGUUGUUUUUUUUUUGUAUGUUUGGUUUUCUCUUGUCCAUUCCUUAUCAGCCUUCAGUAUAACUAUAUGAAUCUGACAUAGAAAGCCUUAUAAUUAACCUAAGAAUGUUAUUUUUAUAUAGUGAAUGUAUGUGGGGAAGGAAGAGCGCUCCUGGCACGCCACCAUCAAACACUUUAUUUUGUAUUGUUUUAUAAAUAUAUUUAAUAUUUCUUAGACUAAAUGUAGAGGUUGAGAACAAUUUAAAAUAAGCAUAAAAAUAAAUAAAUUGAAGCACAGUUGGAUCUUGUAUAAAUUGGACUGUAAAAUAAAACAAAACUUUGUUGUCUUCCCA